AUGAAUCCGACAGUAGUGUUCUUUGCUAAGCUGAGAAAGCUGGCGGUGACUCUACAGUCAGAAACUGCCAAACUCCAGCACGACUUUGAAAACCGCAACAACGACGACGACGAUGACACUGAAACCACAGCGAAAGCAAUGCGAACGUAUCACGAACUGAACUGUGAAGUCGGGAACCUAAAGGGGGAGAUCCAGGGUCAGGUUGCUCAGCUGAAUGCACAGGAGAAUGAGGUGGGCAGCUUCAUUAAAGCCAGUAGAGUGAUGGAGCAGAGGCUCGCUAAGGACAUCCAGGCACUUAAGGGACACUGGCAAAAAUACGGUUACAAAGCUCCCCGAGACACUCAGAGACCAACCAACUCCAAAGGUCAGGAGUCAGAGGCUGCAGAUGAAGUAUCAGAUAAUAAUGAAGGGGAAAGCCAGGAGGAGGCUGGAGGUAGUCCCUCCUCAUCGCCUAUGACGGCGAGACCGCCGCCCUUCUCUGACGUAAUGCGGACGCCGCAGUUCUCUGACUUCGGUCUCUCUGAGAUACAGCUAAAGAGAACUCUGGCUGGGUGCUCUGAAGUGCCCCGUAUGCCUGAGAUGAGCCUCCCUCACCCCUCUUUCAACAUGCCCGCACCUCCAUCCAUGGCUUUAACCCCCAAAUGUGCCCUGCGGAUGGAUGACGAUGAUCCACAGACCCCUCAGAUGUCUGACUUUGGCAUUACGGAGCACACAAUGUGUCUGAACAACGACUUCACUAUGGAUCUGUUCCGGAAGAACGUUGAAAAGCCCCAAAGACCAUCACAAGACAUGCCUGUACCAUCAGUGAACGCUCUCAUGGAGAGUUUGCACACACAAGCACAGAACUUGGAGUCCCCAGAACCACCUGUGUUUUGCACCCCUGGGUUUAAGAUCAAGAAGACAAACGGUCACUGCUCUCCAAAUGCUCAAAACAACGGUGACCCAGAAUCCCCCGGUCACCUUGGAAACCUGCCCACCACCCCCGAAGUCCCAGCGUUUCAAACUCCAUAUGUGAACCGAAUGGUCAGCACCAAAAAGAGUGCACGGCAGCCUGGGCACGUGGACGAUGACACCAACAUCUUUGAAAAUUCAUCAGCUCGUAACGGCGCAACCGGCUCCAAGCGGCGCUGGGAAUACGACGUGCCGGAGAUAUCCAUCAUGGGUGUGGAGGACAAACAGAUGCCAGAGAUGCCAAACCUGGAGUCUGUUUUGGGAAAUUCUUUACAAACUACAUGUGCAAAAAUGCUGAAGAAGAGAACGGAGAAUACAAAUGUGACCAGGAUGACCACUGUCAACAAUCUGGAGCUGGACGGACCCACCCUGGAGUUCAGCUUCAGGACGCCUCGCAUCAGGAUGGACUACGAAGAGCCCAGCACCCCCGAGAUGCCGGACCUCAGCUCUGUGACACAGGACAUCUGUAAACUUGUGUCCCAGGCUCAGAUGAAGAACACGGCCAUGUCGGUCGUGCGCCCAAAUGUCAGAGCAGAGAAGGAUAAAAGCAGAGCUGUGAGGAUGUCUGUGGUGUCAGAGAGCGAGUUCCAGAGUUUACCAAAGUACCUGAGGCAGAUGACUCUGCACAACCUCAACCAGGUGGUUCACAACAUCAACACCUUCACAGCAGAGAGUGAAGGUGAACAGACAGAAUUUCAAAUGGAGGAGCUGAGGAGUAUUUGCUUUGUUGGAAUGAAGGCCCCCGUAUACAUCCUCUGUCUCACCGAGCUCAAUAGGCUGAAGCACAUGGAUGGAGCCAGUAACUCCUCCGUGUACAAACUGUGCACACACAACUAAAGGUCGCUUGGAUACAUUACACUUUGUCCAACUGGGAACCCAAAUGUAGUGUCAUCCACACUCACAAGAACCUCCAGUAAAUCCAUCUUUUAGUUACAGAGAUGCUGAGCUCUUACGCUUCUGUCAAUAUACUUUAGACUGUAAAAACAAGACACAAUACACACCCUGACUAAUGAAUUUUACCAGAGCACGCCGGCUUGGUAACUGUUGUAUCUAGAUUGUAAAUAGUUCUGAUGCAUGGCUUGACAAUAAUUUGCACGUCUGUGGUAUUGUUCUGGAUAUGAACUCUGUAUAUAAUAAAGUUAGAAAUGCAUUGCUGCACAAAUUAGCUUUCUAAAGACUUUUACAAUUGCAGUAUAUUAGAAAGAUAUUUGAUUGAUUGAUUUUUAUGCCAACAUGGACAAUAAAUUCUUUAAAGCAG